AUGGGCGUGUGGGCCGCGAUUGCGGCGGCCAAGCGCGGAGCCUCAGUCGCCCUCGCCGACCAGUUCGAGCCGGCCCACGUCCACGGCUCGUCGCACGGCGACGGCCGCAUCUACCGGCUUGCGUACGAGCAGGACCAUUACGUCGACAUGAUGGAGCGCAGCCUGCCACUCUGGCACGAGCUGCAGGAGGCGGCCGGAGAGCCGCUUCUCGCGCGCACGGGCGGCAUCACUGUCGCCGACGCGGCGGCCGCGGGCGAGAACCGCAACGACGCGCUGCGUGCCAUCUACGCGCGGCGCGGCAUACCGCACGAGACGCUCUCCGCUGCCGCGACAAACGAGCGCUUCCCGCAAUUCUCGCUCUCGCCGAGCCUCGAGGCGCUGUACCAGCCCGACUUUGGCGUCCUCUUCGCCUCGAAGUCGGUCGCGGCGGCGUGGGCGUACGCGCGCGCGCUGGGCGUCGACACGUACGUCCCCUUCCGCGCGGCGGCCUUCCGCUCCGACGGGGGCCAGGGCCAGGGCUCGGUCGUGCUAAGCGAGCAGGGCGCGGAGCUUCGCUCUCGCUCGCUGGUCGUGGCUCCCGGCGCGUGGCUGUCGUCGCUGUCCCACACCCUGUUUGGCCUCCGCAUUCCGACCCGCGUCUCCGCCGAGACCGUCUGCUACUACCGCCCGCAGGCGGAGUCGGCUGGAAGCACGCGCGGCCCAGUCCCCGACCACUCGUACCGCUCGAUGCCCGUCUUCAUCUUCCAGACGGAGAACGGCUGUGAGGGCAUGUCGGGGAUGGGCUACUACGGCCUGCCCACCAUCGACGUGCCUGGCGUCAAGGCGUCCGCGCACUACUGCGGCCCAACCGUGCACCCGGACGCACGGCCCGCCGCAGCCGGAGGCCCAGCCGCGGUGCUCGGCCGCACCCUCGCCGGCGCGGCGGGCGAGGAGGAGGCCGCCGCGCGGCGCGUGGCGGAGGUGGUCGCAUCGACGUCGCGCCUCGUUCGCGACAGCCUGCCGCACUGCGAGCAGACGCCGUUUGAGACCCAGUCCUGCCUCUACACGAGCACCUGCGACCACGACUACGUCCUCUCGCGCGUGCCGGGCCACGAGCGAGUCGUCCUCGCGGGGGGAGGCUCGGGGCACGCCUUCAAGAUGGGGCCCGCGCUCGGCGAGAUGGCGGCCGCCGCCGCGCUUGGCUGGGAGCCGCCACUCUCGCUGGCGCCCUUUGCGGUGGAGAGGCUGCUGGGCGCGUCGCUGCCGGACGAGUCGCUUGCGAGUAGGAGGUGA